AUGAAUCACUUCUCAUAUCUUCCCAUAAUCUAUAAUUUUCCAGCGUUCUGUUCGAUUGUCGCCGCCUCGCCGUUGUGGUUCGAUGAAGAGGAGCCGAUGAAUUUGAGAGCGUUCCGUGUGAUGCCAAAUCAAUUGGACUCGAUUGACGCCUCCAGGAGACUUCUGAAACGUGGCAGUAGCAUGUUCAACAAACGACGCGGACGAGAACUUUUCGGAAAACGAUCUCUCCCAAUCGAGUAUGCAGAUGACUCCGCAAUCUACGAGAACCGAUUCAGACGACGUGCCAAUGAACUCUUCGGUUAA